AUGAGCAGCAACGCGGAGAACAACCGGGAGGUGAGGGUGACCGGCACCGGGGAACAGCCCGGAGCGAUAUGGAGGGCGGACUCCGAGUCCUACCUCCAGCUUCUGGCGUCACCCUUGGUGUCGCGAUCCCCAUCCCCGGUCCAGGAGGACACGGAGGAGGUGCCCGACACGGAGCUGUCGGAGGACGAGGCGAUGGAGGCGAAUCACGAAGAGCCCGUGGAUUGCGUGUCCCUCUCCUCAGAGAGCGAGGAGGACGACGGGGGUGAGACCGUCACCCCGGUGGUAUCCUCGGAGGAGGACGAAGGAGGCCGGAGAGCGAAGGCGAGGAUGGCCUACCGCAGCGUGCGGCGGGCGACACAGGGCCACGGUCGGAUUCGGCUGGGAGAGGCGAUGCCGUCGAAGGACCCGCGGGAGGUGCGCGAGUUCGCGGAGGCACGGAUCGCCACGCUGCGGCGGUUCGAGCGGAUGGUGGUGGAGCGGAAGGCAGCCGCCGCCAAGGCCGCGUGGGAAAAACGCCUGUCGGAGUGGCAAGAGGAGGAGGAGGCAUUGUGGCCGCCACCGCCGCCACCGGCGCAGUCACAGCCACCGACGCAGCAGCAGCCGCCGACACCGGAGCCGCAGCACCCGGGGAUGCCGCAGCCACCGACGCCGCAACCGCAGCCGCCGUUGCCGCCGACGCCGCCACCGGCGCAGCCGCAGCCGACGCCGCCACCCCAGGAUGAGGAGGGGCCCCGGUGCGAGCGGCAGCAGUCCUGGGAAGUGGACCAGGCGCACGUCGCGCAGACGCUGCGCACGAUCGGCCUGGGCGGCCGCCGGUGGCACCAGCAAACGGUGACCUGGACAUGGCCCGCACCGCCGGAGGACACGCCGGAGGCCCGCGUGUGGGAGGAGGUGGGCGCGGUCGGAUGGAGGCCGGUGGAGAAGCGGGCGCGCGACCCGCAAGUUCGCGCACGGGUAGAGGUCGGAGACGCGGGAGAGAACCCGGAGAAGGGUCCGUGGGUGUGGCCCGUACCACCACCACCGAAGCUCGCGCGGCAGGAGUCGUGCCCCGAGGCAAGACCGCCACCGCAGCGACCAUGCCUCCGCAGGCAGCAGUCGCUGGGCGGGAAGCCAUGGAAGGAGCUCGAGCGCGCGGAGUGGCCACCCAGAGUGGUCGAGGAGGCCGAGGCCCAGGCGAGAAGAAGCCACAAGGACCGCUGGGCCAAGCUGUUCGUGCUGGACGGCCAGCGGUUCCGGCUGAAGGUGCGUCGCGGCGGGGCCAUUCAGGUGUACGUACCCCAAUAA